ACCCAAAACUUUGAACUUUUUUCAAAAUGUGCCCGGCCGCCCCUAUUCUCCCCGGCAUUCUUCACCUCCCCCUCCCUCCGCCAUCGGCCUGACACCAGUCACCGCAGUGACCUCCUUCUACCCCCUUCAGUAGCUCUCUCUCUCUCCCCCCUCCCUCCGACGCCUUCUUCCUCGACUUCCUUCUCUACUCCGGCGCCGCCGCCUGGGUGGUAGAUCAGGUCGCUGGCGGCGAUACAGCGGCGGACGGAGAGAGACGGAACGAGAGGUAGCAUCCUAUUUCGGCUAUUAGGAGACAGCUGCCCCGUUGUUUGUUGAGUUGUAUGUGCUCUAAACAAAUGGGCAGUGACGACAUUGGUCAGUGGCGAAUAGAGUAUAUCCCGGACAAACCACCGGUCCCGCCGGACCAGCAACCCACUGUCGAUGUUGUUGCUUCUCCGAUUGACCCCAAGUUUGCCAAUGCCAUUGUCAGGCGUCUGAAUCAAGUGGCACCUUUGGAGAAUCUCCGGCAUGUAAAGCGCGUGCAGAAGAAAUGUCUGGAAGGAGGAAAGGCUGAGCUAUCAGUCGUAUUGUGUAUAGUUCCUGAUAAUGGUGACUUACGCGGAAUGCCUCCUGAUGUGCAAGAGUUAAUCAGUUCCUACCAGCUCAGUACUUUUACCACAAAGGUUUGCAAAUAUGCUGCAUUGUCUAAGGAAGAAUGGGAAGCACAAUGCAAGCUUUGGCCAACAUCGUAUCAUCCACCAACCUACAAUAUCAGUGGCAUAACUGGAUUCUCUGAAGAUGAUUCGCGAUCAGUUUUCAGCUUCAUGAAGUAUGCUGUUGAACUGGCAACCUCUGGCAAUGAGUGGGUAGUUAAUGCUGCAGUUAUUGUGGAUCCAAUAUCUAGUCAAGUAAUUGCAAGUGCAUGUGAUCAAGUCUGUCAUUCGCAUGGUUCACCAGCUAGAACAAGUGCUGAACCCCGAUGUUAUGGACAGGUGGCUGCAAUUAGUGCCAAGUCUGAUGUCAAUGGAAGGACAGACUAUGAUUCUCUGCCUCAGAAUGCUUCCUCAAAUUACCUAGAACAAAAAGGUGCAGUCGUUUCUUGUUUAUCUCCAUGGAGCUGGGCGAAGAAGUGUGCUCAUCAGUCGAGCUCUAGUUUAUGGCAUCCAUUGCGACAUGCUGCUAUGGUAGCUAUAGAAUCAUCUGCUGAGAGGGAUCGGCAGUUAUUCCCUGGUUCAGGUAGAAGUGAAGAUAUGGUUUCAGAGAUGGAUUGUGCACAAUAUUCUGCAGGCUCCCCAGCAAAAAGGCAAAAAACUGAAGAUCUGAGGUUUCAGGUUGAGAUUGAUGAGAAACGGGAUGUGCAUUCUCUACAGGGGCCCCUUGAAAAACCUUAUCUAUGCACCGGUUAUGACAUCUACCUUGCUUGGGAGCCUUGUGUGAUGUGUGCCAUGGCACUUGUGCACCAGAGGAUUCGGCGUAUAUUCUAUGCAUUCCCGAAUGCGAGUGCUGGAGCCUUAGGGAGUGUCCAGAGGCUGCAGGGGGAGAAGAGCCUCAAUCAUCACUACGCCGUCUUCAGGGUUUUCAUGCCACAAGAUACUCUCAGAAGUGUGCCUAUUCCUCUGUCAUAGCCUCUAAGAACCGAGAUUAUCUAAUGAUCCAAGGUCCUUUUGUUUGCAGAGGCAAGUGACAGCCAUUUUCAUUUAUUGUUGUAACUUAUUUAGCUGCAGAUUCAAUAUCCACCUCUCUUCCUCGACCUUUGCGCAAACUAUACAUGUGAUGUAAAAUUUAAAUCGAUUCAAAUUUGUGGAAAAUUCUCCCUUAA